CAGCACACCCCACUCCCACCGCCCAAUAUAUAAUGAAGGCAGGGCAGGGCUGGGCAGGCAGGGCGUGCUUUGUGCAGACGGAUGAACAAAAAGGAUAGCCAUAUGAUCCAUCCAUACCAACACAACACUUCGAUAUAUUGAAACACGCAGCCCCCUCCGAAAAUUCUUACCUCUUUCCUUUUCGUCCAGUUCCGCACCUCGGACUCAAAUCGCAGAUUCUGUUGUUAACACUUGCCCUUUCUUUCUCCUUUUCCUUGAAAAACGGUAAACCCCGUUCAAGGUAACAAUAAUAUGCCAUGAGUAUUUUCACUGAAGAUCUGUUGUUGAUGGGUUGAUUGGAUUGGAUUCUUAACUAGUUUUGUCCGUAUUUUGUCUUCGAUUCUCCUGUUUCUGUGGGGAGAUCACAUAGACGGAGUCGGAGAGGAGGGUAGGGCUCACGGCUUACCAUGGAAUUGGCAGCAGAGAAAAAGGAAACCACCGCCACCAAUCUACCCCCUCCAGCUGUGGACGAAGAUAAAGACCAGAUCGCCCUCGAUCUCAAGGCUGGUCUCCACCCUCUCAAGCACAAAUUUGUAUUCUGGUACACUCGCCGAACGCCUGGAGUUCGAACUCAAACAUCAUAUGAGGAUAAUGUUAAGAAGAUUGUGGAAUUCAGUACGGUUGAAGCCUUCUGGGUCUGCUAUUGCCACUUAGCUCGACCAUCCACAUUGCCAAGCCCAACUGAUUUGCAUUUAUUCAAGGCUGGUAUCCGUCCACUGUGGGAGGAUUCUGCUAACUGCAAUGGUGGGAAAUGGAUUAUUAGGUUUAAAAAGAUUGUAUCAGGCCGGUUCUGGGAGGACCUGAUUCUGGCAUUAAUAGGAGACCAGCUUGAUUAUGGUGAUAAUAUUUGUGGAGCAGUAUUGAGUAUCCGUUUUAACGAGGACAUAGUGAGUGUGUGGAACCGCAAUGCGUCUGACCAUCAGCAGGCGGUUAUGGCUCUGAGAGAUUCCAUCAAAAGACAUUUAAAGCUUCCCCACAGCUAUGUGAUGGAGUACAAGCCCCAUGACGCCUCCCUGCGAGACAACUCAUCAUACCGCAACACAUGGUUGAGAGGAUGAGGCUGCCACUGGCUUCGCAACAAAGAGAUGGAUGACCAUGCCACUUUACAAUUUGUCAUAUGAAGGUAGAUUCAUCCAUCCAAGUUGGCACAGGCUUGGCCUCUUCAUUGAAUCUCACCUCAUCCCACAGUCACACAGGGCUACGCAUCCAUCCAUCUCCUGUGUAUUUGGUGGAUGGUUGACUUACUCACCUAUCACUAUGCUUUUACUUUUGAUAUCGGGCUCGCUAGCUCGCACUAUUGUCUUUCUAUGACCCUCCCUCACCCUUUUACCAUAUCACAAUCCUCCCUCCCUCCCUCCUGUUGUUGGUGUUGCAUUGCAUCUGUCUAUUGAAUAUAUAUGAAUGAUCAUCUUUCUUUA